UGUUCACACCCGGAAGCACUGCCCGCUGCUCAGUCGCCUCUCUGCCGCCUUCUUCUGGCACACGGGAAUUUAACUUUUGCGUCCAUAUGGGCAACUUAUUGACGUUAACCGUGAAGUGAGCGGCCAUUCGUGUUCGCAGGAGAAGGGAGCUGGUGUGAAUCUACUCUGUCCGGUCGAGGAGGCAGACGGAGCGGCCACGGAGCGCAGCGCCGCCGCUCAGUGACAUUGACUCAUUAGGAGUGUUGUUGCUGCCGCCGCGGCGCGCACAAGUUGGAGCGCUUUUCCUCCCCCACCUUCUCUCUCUCUUCUUUCCUCUCCCCCUCUCAGCUUCAAGCCACAAUGAGCGAAUACUUCAGCCUGUCGGACUGCGAUGUGAUCGGCUUCGACCUGGACCACACGCUGUGCCGCUACCAUCUGAAGGAGACCUCCAGGCUCAUCUAUGAGAGCUUUGCCAGGUAUCUGGUGGAGCAUAAAGGAUAUGACAAGGACCUGCUGAAUCUAACUCCAGCUACCUGGGACUUCUGUUUUAAAGGGCUAGUGGUUGAUCUGGAGGACGGAAACCUUGUGAAGCUAGCCGAAGAUGGAACUGUCUUGCGAGCGACGCAUGGAACCAAUGACCUCAGCACAGAAGAGAUCAUCAAACAUUACGGCCCAAAAAGAGAGUGGAAGCACUUCAACAGCCUCAAUACCUCGUUCACAAGAUCUGCAAAAUACUAUUUCUAUGACAACUACUUUGAUCUGCCUGGGGCUUUCCUCUGUGGAAGAGUCGUGGACAUGUUGCACAAGCGAGGAAAUGAGGUGAAUUCUGACUUUUGGAAAGACAUGAUGGCUGCCAUCGACCACAAUUACAACACAUCUGCUUUCAAAGACGAUGCCGGGACGUACUUCCCCAGUGUGAAGAGGGAUCCUGGCCGGUACCUGCAGCCUUGCUCCGACUCCGUUAAAACCUGGCUGCGCAGCAUGAAGAACGCCGGGAAGGUCCUCCUCCUCAUCACCAGCUCCCACAGCGACUACUGCAGGCUCAUCUGCGAACACAUCUUGGGGAAGGAUUUCGAGGCGCUGUUUGAUAUAAUCAUCACGAACGCCCUGAAGCCUGGAUUCUUCUCCUUGGUGCCCCAGCAGAGGCCCUUCAGGACCCUUGUGAACGACGUGGAGGAGAGCGAAGGGCUGCCGUCGCUGGACAAACCCGGCUGGUACUCGCAGGGCAACUGGCCUCACCUCCACGAACUGCUCAAGACCAUGACGGGGAAACCGGAGCCCAAGGUAGUGUAUUUUGGAGACAGCAUGAGGUCGGACAUGUUCCCCGCCACCAGCUUUGGGAAGUGGGAGACGGUGAUGAUAGUGGAGGAAAUGGAGGGGGAGGGCGUCCCGAAGAGCGAUGCUGCAAUGUCCAAUGAGGCCCAAGUGGAGCCGCUGGAGAAAAGGGGAAAGUUUGAGGAGCAGGGCAUGAAGUCACCCUCCUCAGCGUCCAACCAGUGGGGCUCCUACUUCGUCGACGUACAUAAAAGUGGAGGAGGAGACGAGGAGAGCCAGAAACUGACGUGGUGCUGCCACUGCAUUCACAAAUACAGCACCAUGGCUAUACCCAGUGUCGAGCACAUAGCAGAUCUGCCUCUGGAUUACAAGUUCCCCAGGUUUUCGCCCGACAAGCCCUGCACCACCGGCUACUACCCCAGGCCCCCGGAUUCUUUGCUGAAGAGGUGCGAGAGUCUGUCGUAAAACAAGAAAAGAGAAAGGAGAAGAGAAGAAGGAAAAAAAAAGGAAAAGAGAAAAGUCCUCCCUUACCCCUCUGCCUCAGGAGAGGAAUGUGCCUCCAUUUUUUGCCUGUAGUUUCCCACCUGACCCCGCCACCAUCUGUGGAGCACAGGAAGCAUACACUCCUCACCCGUUCAGAGAAACCAUGUGAAUGUAAGCCACAGUAUCUCUCUGUAAUAAACGCCUACAUUUGAACGUUGUUUCGUGGUUUAGUGUUAACGUACACGUGGAAAUACGACAAAAUAAGUGUGCGUGUGUGUCUGCAUACAGUAAUAUUAGGAGAUGUAGUGUUCUUAUUGUUUCAUGUGUGUGAGGCCCCCUCUUAUUUUCCAUCAUAGAUUGUUUGAAUUCUUCGAAGUGAACAUUUUGCCCGUCUCUUUUUCCCCGAAGUGAUUACCUCAAGAACGUGAUCUACUGAAAGUAAAACAGGAGUGCGUGUCCCUUAAGAUCCUUUGAAAUCCUUGUGUCAGUAUUUCUGUACAACACUGUUAUUGUGAAGUCCUCCUCCUUUUUUUUUUAGAUAUGGUUUAAUUGUAUGCAUUUUAGUAACCUUAACACGAGGUUUAAGACCUAUUGUUUCCCCUGUGUCAGUUUCGUGGAAGGUGUUAAUCUUCAGGUCAUUGUUGCUAAAAAAAAGAAAAAAAACUAGCACAAUAUUGUCCUUUGUGUUGGCUGUUUCAAAAAAACACUACUUUGGGAAACAUCAAUAAUAAUAAUAAUGAUAAUAAUAAUAACAAUCGACGAUGAAGACUAUGCUAGAUGUUCUCUGUAUUACUUUUGGUGCAACAGUGAAUCUUUUGAGUGAUUGUGUAAAAAUGUGGACUUCUUGUGCUUCAUUCAUAUGCAGAUUCAGAUAUGCUUUAACCGACUUCUGAAUGGUUAUUUUGUCAGUGUGCAUAGACAAGUCGUGCCAUAAUACUUAGGGAACACUCAGUUUUGGGAACCACCUGUGGAAGUUUACUUUGUUGCUGUCUAAGAAGAUUGGUGUCAUGUUCAUUUUUGUGCAUUUUAAGUGCUUAGCACAGCUUAGCAUGAAUACCAAACUGCACUAAAUCACCGUAAAGCAACAACUGUAUGUAAAAGAUGGAUGUUGCCACUGAGACUUCUAUAUAAUCUGACUUCUUUUGACAACCAGAGGAGUUGCCCCUGCUGGCAAUUAGAAAGAGUACAGGUUUAAGGCACUUAAAGGCUUCACUUUUCAGACCGAGAAGCCUACGUAUACAUCCAUAUGUUAUAUAGACUAUGGUUAUAAGUGGUAAAAUACAUCUUGCAAUAACUCUGGGAAAGCUUAUCUCUAACACAAGAACCACUUUGAAGAAUUGUUGGGUUAGGAUUAAGGGUCUUUGGUUCGUUGGUUGAUAGUAACUGAGACUGGAGAACCAAGUUGAGUCAGGUUCAAACAAGUAUUCAAAGUUUCUGUUUGGAAUCGGCAUGACCAACAGAGCAACUAAAAGAUGGAGGGCAUUGGGGUCAACAAUUGAUCAGUUUAACCCAUGUUGUAUUAUAUUGUCUUCUUCUAGUAUUACAUCUUGAGCAUGUCACAGAAUCCCAACAAAACUGCUAGCCUGUGGAUUUUUUUCCUUUUACCGUUUCAACUGUCAUAUUACAGCGUCCCAAUGUCCUUGAUCAAUAAGAGCGUAAAUUAGAUUGUAAGCUCUGCAAAGAUUCAACAGGGUUGUAAAUAAAAGCCUGUUCAGGUCCGUCCUUAUAUUUUGAGCUGGUUUUCUCGGGUUCCAUUUCGGAUUGGGCCCAAAAUUUCCAUCAACACACAGGCGUGCAAAGAACAGGAAGAGAGCAUUUGAGGUUCUUCAUACUCGAACAAGCGAUAACUACUGAACUAAUUGCAUAAAGUUUGCACUGAAUUUUAAAUUGGCUCAUUACUUUUCAAUUUAUAGUGCCAAAUCCAAAAUUCUAUCAUCUCAGUUCUCAAAAUAUUUGAUGUAAUUUUUUCCACUCGCUUUGGUUACCUGGUUUACUCCAUUUGUCUCAAAGAUUGGAGCAACAAGGGAGAAGCCAGUAAAAAUACAGUGAGGAGGAAUUUUGACAGGUCGGCCUGCUUGUAUAUUAUGAAUUACAGUUUCAAAUGAGAAGUGUCAUGCUUACUGUGUCACUGCACCGAGUUGUUGCAGCUCAUAAAUUAGCUAAGCUUAGGCUUGUAAAACCACAACACCUUUUCAUUUUAAACAUGCUUUGCAUAAACGAGGGGCAACAUGUUAACGAAGCUGUUCUGGAGAUUUGCACGUCCUUUUUUUUUUUUGGAUACUACUUUCUUCCAGUCUUCGUGUUAAGCUGUGCUAAACGCCCCAGGUCUGUCUCUAUGGUAACCACACAGAGAUGACACUGGUUUAAAUCUUUUCAUUUUUUUCUGAUUAAGUCAUUAAACAAGAAGAUUUCCCAAAUGUCAAAGUGUUCCUUUAAGAUGACCAUCAUCUCAUAAGUGAGGACGGAUUAUUUUGACAAUAAGCAGCAUACGGCCGCAGGGUUAGUGAGAUUGUAAGUGAGAUUGGUCAUCCAAAGUGAAUUAUUACUUGUGCUGUGUGUGCAAGUGUUUUAUGCAUACAGCUGUAGUGAUUGUACUCUUCUUUUCUCAUCUGACCUGGAAAAUUUGACAUGCACAUUUGCCUUAUGUUGGAUUCAUUUGUGGUCUUAAGUUCUUGACAACACAGGGAAAGUUCAAUUCUGUGUUCAAGUGUUGAAGUACUGUCAAUGAAAUAAAAUGUUCUACGAUUUUCUUA